AUGCGGGGGAGCGGAGCGGAGACAAAGGCGCCGCCGCGCCCCCCCCACCCCAUCCCCGCAUCCCUCCCCGGUUAUAACGCGCCCCCCAUUCCCAUGGAUGCGGGGGUCGCUCCAUGCCCGGGUGGUGGUGGAGGCAGCAGCGCAUCACCCGGGGGGGUGUCGGUGAAGAUGUCGCUUCGCCGCGCCUACUCCAUCAAGGACAAGCUGCAGGCCAUCGAGAGGGUGAAGAAGGGCGAGCGCCAGGCGUCGGUGUGCCGCGCUUUCGGGGUGCCGGGGGGCACGCUCCGGGGCUGGCUGAAGGACGAGGCGAAGCUGCGCUGGUUCCUGGAGCAGCUGGGCGGCGAGGUGGGCACCCAGCGCAAGAAGAUGCGCUUGGCCAACGAGGAGGAGAUCGACCGCGCCGUCUACGCCUGGUUCCUCGCCCUUCGCCAGCACGGCGUGCCGCUCUCCGGACCCCUCAUCCAGGCGCAGGCGGAAGCCUUCGCCCGGCAGAUCUACGGGCCUGAAUGCACCUUCAAGGCGAGCCACGGCUGGUUCUGGCGCUGGCAGAACCCCGGCGGCUACGGCGACGAGCAGAUCUACAACGCCAACAUCACCCGGCUCUUCUGGAAGCUUCUUCCCGGCGCCGGGAUCGCGGCGAGGCGUCCGGCCCGCGGCGAGCGCGUCACGGUGCUGCUGGCCGCCAACUUGACCGGCUCCCACAAACUCAAACCCUUGGUGGUCGGGGGUCUCCGCGAUCCCGCCAGCCUCCGGCAUCACAACCAGGAGAAAUUCCCGGCUUGCUACCGCUACAGCCGCGAGGCCCGGCUGGCGCCGGCGCUCCUGCGGGCCUGGUUCUUCGAGGACUUCGUGCCGGGCGUCAAGCGGUUCCUGCGGCGGAGCUGCCUGCAGCAGAAGGCCGUGCUGCUGCUCAGCUCCGCUCCCUCCCGCUCCGCGCCGGGGGCUGAGGAUUCCCCGCCGCUCCAGACUCCGGAUGGGUCCAUCCGCGCUCUCUUCCUCUCCAAGGGCCCAUCCGGGAGCGGCGUGGCCGGAGCAGGAGGCCGAAUCCCGGCGCCGCUGGAGCAAGGGGUGGUGUCGGCCUUCAAGCAGCUCUACAAGCGGGAGCUGCUGCGCUUGGCCGUGUCCUGCGGUGGCCCCGGCGGUCCCGCCGACUUCGUGCGCUCCUUCCUCCUCAAGGACAUGCUGUGCCUGGCCGGCCUCUCCUGGGAUCUCAUCCCGCCCGGAUCCAUCGAGAAGUGCUGGCUGCUGGGGCUGCGCGCCGCCUUCGACCCCCUGCUGGGGCUGCGCGCCGCCUUCGAGCCGCAGCCCGGCGAGGAAGAGCACGGGGACACGCCGGGAGGGGAGGAAGGCGGAGGGGACAGCAAGGUCUUCAGUGACCUGACCCACCUGGCCGCCUUGGCCUUCAAGCGCUUGGCUCCCGAGGAAGUGUCCGACUGGUUGCACUUGGAUGACGCGGCUCCGGGUGCGGAGGAGGAGGAGGAGGAGGAUGGCGAGGAAGACGCCGAGGAGGAAGGCGGCGAGAGCUGCGUGGUGGAGGAGGAUGAGGAGGAGGAAGCAGCUGGUGGCAAAAGGGGUGAGGAAGGAGGAGAUGCUUUGCUGCCCACGGCUCGGGAAGCCAUCCAGGGCCUGGAGACGGCGCUGCGCUGGCUGGAGGGACAGGACCCCCGGGAAGUGGGGCCGCUGAGGCUGGUGCAGCUCCGCUCCCUCAUCUCCAUGGCCCAGCGGCUGCACCGCGGCCACAGCCCCCAGUCCUAGGGCACUUUUUGGCUACCAACCACCCCUGGUUGGCCACAGAGCUGGGGACACUCUGGUUGUGCUAGGGGGAUGGUGGUGGAGGUGCCACUCACCCCUCUGUGACCGUGACUCCUUGGGGAUCAGGAAGCCCAGAUGCCUGUGGGUCACAAAUUUUGUGCAACAACUCGAAUUCCAGGGUUUUUCCUUACCUAAAUAUAUUUAGGAGGUGCUAUUUUUUACACCCCUCGUGGCCCCUGGUCACUGGCACUGCCAGAAAUGGGGUGGAUGUCCCCCCCAAAUUGCCCAGUUCCCCCAGUUUCAUGGGGAGAAGGGGUGAGGGAAGGACCUGCUCAGCAUCCCUGGGAUAAUGGGGGAUGUCACACUGAAAAUCCCCAAAUCCCAGAGCAGGGCUGAGGUGGCCACAGCCAGCUGGACUGGGGUCACUCUUGAGGUGCUGCAGGGGAAUUAUUCCACCUUGGAAGAGGCUGGUGACGCCCUUCCCACUGCCAAAACAGAAUCCUGUUAAACCAGGAUGGUUUGGGGCUGGUUUAAGACAACUUCAUUCAGGCACUGGAUUGGGAAAGGGACACUUGGGUGGCAUCUGGGGGAGAGAGUCACCUCCAUCAUUCCCAUCACAGCUGGGAACACCUGGACCAUGGAGACCUGCUGAACUAGGUAUCAUCACCUGAGCAUCCUCAUGGGGCUGAAGGCUCCAGGGAUGGGGGUUGAGCUGUUCCUCACGGGGUUUGUGGGGUGGCUGGGGCUGGAAGACACAUCUGGGUCACUUGAGGUUAGAGCAGGGAGGGCUCCUGGCACUGCCUUGGAAUACUGGAGGCAUUUGAUAGGAAUUUAGCAGCUCCUGACCUGACUUGGAUGAAAUUUUAGGGUGUUUAGCCAAAAUAUUAGAAGAGGGAAAUUAAAUGAACAACUCAUUGCUGCCGUGCCCGUGUCAGCAGGCAGGUGGGGGUUUGUACUUGUUGGGUCUUUGUCUCCUCGCUGCAGAGUUUCUGGAAAUUAAAUGGAUUUUUAUUCCCACGUGGAGGUGGUCGUCUGUGAACUGUCACAUGGAGCCAUCCCAGAGGGAUUUGGGGUGGCACCAGGGGGACUUUCAUGGGGUUGUGUCCUUUCAGUGUGGCCUUUCCCACACCAAUGGGGUAAAAUGAUGUAAAAUCACAUUUCUGUUUAUCAUUUUUUGCACCAAAAUAGCCACACAAAAACAUUUUGGAGCUUGGGAUGUGGCUCAUUUCAAGCAGGAGUUUGUAAAUGAAAGGAGGCUUCAGUUCUGUGACAAGAAAGUUACAAAGAUCAGCAGAAGGUGCUGGGCUGGAGGUCUCUGAACUGGUUUUGGGGGGGUGAGAAUAUAAAAUUAUGGAAUGGUUUGAGCUGGAAGGGACCUGCAAGGCCAUCAAAUUCCAACCCUCUGCUGUGUUCAGGGACACCUUCCACUAUCCCAGGUUGCUCCAAGCUCAGUCCAACCUGGCCUUGGAC